UUUAAAAUGUGAGGCAAGCCUCAGAGUUCCAGCAUAGGCUCAUCUGAGAAACUAUACACUGAGAGAUGUGCUGAAUUCCUUUAUUGCUGUUGGCAGACUUCAAGAACAAGACCGAUGGAUGUGAAAUACUGUGUAUUUGUGAUCGUAUUUCUCCAGUCUUUUCUCUUUAUUUAUGGAGAAUGUCCUGCAGCCUGCAAGUGUUCUAAUCCGAUUAGAGUAACAUGUAUAGGAUCAGACAGCACUUCUUUUAAUGAUUUUCUUCAUUCUGUUCCAAGUGAAGCAGAAAGUUUGAGAAUUGAGUCUACUAAGACAAAAAGAAUUACCUACGGUUCAUUUAUUCACUUACCACAUUUGCUUACUUUAUCAUUGGAUAAAAAUGAAUUGAAAGACAUUAAGAACGAAUCAUUUUUUAACUUAAAAAGGCUUAGUACUUUAAGCCUUGCCUACAAUCAGCUCCAGGAGCUGCCUGAUUCUACAUUUUAUGAUUUAACUAACUUGAAAACACUUAUUCUUAAAGACAACCAGCUUUUGAACGUGAACUCCAAUUUAUUUCACCCUCUUCGCAAUCUGAAAGAGCUGCAGCUGCAAGGAAACAAUUUAUGUUCUGUUGAGGGGAUAUUUGACCACUUACCACAGCUACUCAAACUGAACAUAGGACGAAACAACAUCAGCUUUCUUUCCGAAGGGACGUUUGACAAGCUAACCAACCUUGAAAGCUUAAAGAUCCAUGAAAAUAACAUUAAUGAGCUCCCAGUGGGAAUCUUUGAUAACCUCAUAAAUCUUCAAGAGCUUUCACUGAAUAGCAAUCAGAUUAAACAACUUUCAGGUGAUUUGUUUUUAAAUCAGCAGAAAAUGAGGAAACUUUUCUUAUCAAACAAUUUGCUUACAGGUCUUCCCCGUGGCAUUUUCCUUAAUCUCCCCGAACUUCUUCAUUUAACGCUCUAUGAGAACAUGAUGUCCCUACUUUUACCUGGGACAUUUGGGCAAAUGAAGAACCUUAAAGAACUUUGGCUAUAUGAUAACAAUUUUACUACAAUUGAGGAUCAUGUAUUCAGUAACUUAACAGAAUUAGAGUUGCUAGUGCUGUCUAGGAAUAGUAUACAUACUAUUUCUUCUCAAGCUUUUAGUGGGUUGGGCAAACUUGUAGAACUGUCAGUGCAUACUAAUAGUCUCAGAAGCUUAGAAAAAGGCCUCCUCAGUAGUCUGGUGAAACUGCAACGUGUGUCUUUUCACAACAACAAACUGAUGACUCUUUGCACGCAACUUUUUAGCAAUUUAUCUAACCUUCAGAUAAUUCUGCUGCAAAACAACUCCUUAGAAACUAUUCCUGAUGGGCUGUUUGAUGAUCUUAAGCCCCUCCAGGAUGUGAAGUUGUAUGGAAACCCUUGGAGAUGUGAUUCCUCUAUUCUUUACUUCAGAAACUGGCUGCGGUUACACAGGCAUUUCUUAGAGAACAGCAGUGAACCAGUGUGCUAUAACCCAAGAAUGCUGAGAGAUACCCCAGUUAUGCAGUUGAAAGAUGACCAGCUAAUUCUACAUUUCUCUACUCCAGGCAUUACAUACACAGAAACUUCUAGACGUACUGUUCACAGUGAUGGUAAAACUUUAAGUACGAGUUACAGUGAUUUCUACAGUACUACAACUAGUACUAGUGCUUAUCUUAAACUUACUACUACUGAAGAUAAAGGGCGAACUGAAACCGCUACUUCUUCUUCAGUAGCUGCAGAAACCGGAAAUGGAUUUCCACAUCUAAGCAAGCAGCAAAUAGCAAUUGUCAUUAUAAUCAUCUCACUAUUGUGCAUCGCUUUUGUUAUUGUCUGCAUUGUUGUAAGGCAAAAGAAAACUGCUUCUGCAUCAUUAAGAACACAGACGAGAAAUGAAGUUAUUUAAGUUUUACAAAAGACAUCAGUGAAUAUCUGAAAAAAAGGACAUCUAAAAAUAAACAUUAGUCUGUGUGGUAGUCAUUGAAGCAUGGUUGGCCUGAUGUGAAUAUCUUAUAUAAAUGCCAAAAUAAAUGUUAAAACAUAAGAACAAAACAGUCUCAAAGUACAUACAUGUAGAAUCCAGGGUAACAGACCUUGGCAAAACAGAGAAAAAUCUAUACAAAAUAUUUGGAAAACUUCUUUUAUCAAGGCAUCAUGGCAUAUAUGUAAACUUGCAGUGAAAAAUAAGUGCUUUAGCAAACUGGAUCAUGACUGCAUAAUAACUCACAAUAACAAGCACGUCUUUAAUAAUGCACUUAGGGUCAAAAAGUCAGGCUGCAUUAACAAUAAGCAUUUCCUCCUUGUUUGAGAUCAUCAUUAUAAACAAGUGGUGAGUCCAGCUAGGCUCUGAAACACUCCUUCUUUCAGAGUUUAGCUAGAGUCAUCAUUUAUACUGCUGAACCCCAAAAAAGGCAAAACAUAUCUGUAGCUAGAGAUUCUGCUUUUGAGCCUAACUGCAAUACCAAAAAUGUGUGUGUCAUUAUGUAUUCGAGCACCUUUGUACUGAAACACUUAUUGUUUUCAAGGUAUAUUUGGAUGUCUCCAAUGAUGACUCAUUAAAGGUAGGUUAAUAAAUAUUUUGCGUAUCUGUUUUUCUAUUUAUUAAGACAUGUCUGUUACACAUCUGCUCUGGGAGGACUGUUUUCUGUUUUGUUUCUUAUCUAUCCCUGGGGUAAAUACAUAUUAGAAUUUUUAUAAGCUGAAUGAUCCAGAGCCUAGGUAGAUUUUUAAAUUAUGCUAUACUGAUGAGACUAAAACAAGAUGAAACAUAUCUAUAUUUACAAGAAUCAGACUUAUCCACCUAAUUGCACUACUAAAUAUCUCCAGGUCAUUGUGCAGCCAAAGUCAUUGUGAUUAAUACUUUUAUUUGCAAGUCACCCAUGGUGCCUUGGAAAGGAAAGGGUUUCAAAUGUUUUGUAUAAUCAUUAAAACAUUUAAUAGUUCACUUGAAGAAGUAUAACCUUUCACAACACUUUAUUAAUUAUGUGCCUUUUUAAACUUGUAGUGUUUUACUCUAUCCAACUUUUGUCAGGAAUGAUAGCCUAUAAUUUUGUAUAGAGACAUGGGCCACCUACACACCCAAUGUACAGUUUGUGACUGCUGCUUAUCAAUACUUAAAUAGUGUAUUUUUUAUUUAAUAAUUACAUUUUUAACAAAUGAAUGUGAAAUGUUAACUUCAGAGGAAGCACAAACUUUAUUAGACUGUGCUUUGUUUUAAACAAUUGUUUGUUUCUUCUUUUUGAACUAACCUGUGCUUGUUUUUCCUUCUUUAACUAAUUUAGUUCACUUAUUGAGUUCAGAUCAUUUGUUUAUUGAUAGCAGUGCUAGAAAAGGGUCAGAAAAGUUAUUGAGAUAUGUAAUAAGCAGAGCAAUUGGAAAUUGUAUCCAUAAUUUUUUCAACUUCUGCAUUUUUUGUCUUGUUCUCCAAACAAUAUCUGCAUUUUUAAAAUAAUUUAUUGCAGCUAACAGUGCUGGGACUUUGACAUUUACAGAUACAUGACCCUGUGGAUAUAUUAUAAACAAUUACUGUUUUUCCUUAAACUAUUGCAGUAAAUCUUCCUCUUCCUCUGACAUUAAUCAGUUUAG